AGAGGAUGACAGGAGGGAUAUAAUGGCAAAAAACAAGGAACCUCGCCCCCCAACAUAUGCUGUGAGUGUAGUUGGCCUGUCUGGGACUGAGAAGGAGAAGGGCAACUGUGGAGUUGGGAAGUCCUGUUUGUGCAAUAGGUAUGUGCGUCCUAAGGCUGAUGAUUACUUCCCAGAGCAUACCUCUGUGUUGAGCACAAUAGACUUUGGAGGGCGCGUGGUGAACAAUGAUCACUUCCUGUACUGGGGUGAGGUGUUGCACAGAGGUGAUGAUGGGCUGGAGUACAAAAUCCAGGUCAUUGAGCAGACGGAGUUUAUCGACGACCAGACCUUCCUGCCUCACCGGAGCACAAACCUGCAGCCGUACCCAAAGCGGGCCGCGGCGGCGAAGCUGCAGUCCGCGGAGAAGCUGAUGUACAUCUGUACUGACCAGCUGGGCUUGGAGCAAGAUUUCGACCAGAAGCAGAUGCCGGAUGGAAGGCUAAACUUAGAUGGGUUUGUCUUAUGCAUAGACGUGAGCAAAGGGUGCAAUAGAAAAUUCGAUGACCAGAUGAAAUUUAUUAAUAGCUUAUACUCGCAGAUAUUGAAAUCAAAAAAGCCCAUUGUAAUUGCAGCAACGAAAUGUGAUGAAUGUGUGGAACAGUACUUGAGGGACAUCCAGGCGUUUGCUUCAAACAAGAAGAAUAUUCUUGUGGUGGAAACGUCAGCUCGGUCCUGUGUCAACGUUGAGUUGUGCUUCCAUGCUCUGACUCAGUUGAUGGAUAAAACACGUGGCAAACCCAAAACCAUUCCCUAUCUGGAUGCGUAUAAGACUCAGAGACAGCUAGUUGCUACAGCAACAGACAAGUUUGAAAAGCUGAUUGUGCAAACGGUAAAAGAUUACCACACGAGCUGGAAAGCUAUCAGUAAUAAAUUAAAGAACCACCCUGAUUAUGAAGAGUACAUAAACUUGGAAGGUACCAAGAAGGCUAGAAACACAUUCUCUAAGCACAUAGAACAGCUGAAGCAGGAACAUAUCAAAAAAAGAAGGGAGGAGUAUUUUUCAAGCUUACCCAAAAUUCUUAAUAAUCUACUCAGUAACCUGGAGGAGAUUGAGAAAUUGAACUGGGCAGAAGCUCAGAACCUGCUGAAAAGCAGAUCUGAAUUUCAGUUCUGGUUUAUUGUGUUAGAUCAUACCCCCUGGGAUGAGACUGAUCACAUUGACAAAGUCAAUGACAGGAGAAUUCCCUUUGAUCUGCUUCGAACACCAGAAGGAGAGAAAAUUUAUCAGAACCACGUACAGCAUUUAAUUUCUGAAAAAAAACGGGUGGAGAUGAAGGAGAAGUUUAAGAAGACCCUUGAACGGGUGCAUUUUAUCAGCCCAGGACAGCCCUGGGAAGAGGUUAUGUGUUUUGUCAUGGAAGAUGAAGCUUACAAGUAUAUCAGCGAAGCUGAUCGCAGAGAUGUUUACAAUCGGCACCAGCGGGAGAUAGUGGAAAAAGCCAAAGAGGAAUUUCAGGAAAUGCUUUUUGAGCAUGCGGAGCUGUUUUAUGACCUGGAUCUAAAUGCAACCCCUAGCUGUGAUAAAAUGAGUGAAAUACACUCUGUCCUCAAUGAAGAGCCUAGGUAUAGAGCUCUGCAGAAACUUGCUCCAGACAGACAAUCUCUUCUGCUGAAGCACAUUGGCUUUGUCUAUCAUCCUACUAAGGAGACCUGUCUUAGUGGCCAAAGCUGUGUGGACAUUAAAGUGGAGCAGAUUCUUGCGAACAGGCUUGUUCAGCUGGACCACGGGCGGCCCAGUCUGUACCAUAACAGUGCCAAUAUUGAUAAAGUAAACUUGUACCUCUUGGGGAGAGAUGGGCUAGCACAAGAGCUGGCAAAUGAAAUUCGUGCUCAGUCUACAGAUGAUGAAUACACUCUGGAUGGGAAGAUCUAUGAGCUUGAGCUAAAGCCCAUUGAUGUAAACUCAGCUUUGCUUCUGAGCCAUUUCUUGACCCCUGCCUUUAAACCUCAUGGUUAUUUCUGUGUCUUUAAUUCCAUAGAGUCACUUAAUUUCAUUGGCGAUUGCAUUGGGAGAAUAAGGGCUGAGGCUAGUCAAAUUAGGAAAGACAGACAUAUACAGCCUUUGCCAUUUAUUUUGAUAUUAGCAAACCAGAGAGACAGUGUUUGCAAAAACCUGCCUAUCUUGAGACAUCAGGGCCAACAGCUUUCUAAUAAGUUGCAGUGUACUUUUGUAGACAUACCUUCUGGUUCAUUUCCACGAAAAUUUAAUGAGUCCCAAAUAAAGCAGGCUCUGAGGGGAGUACUUGAGGCACUAAAGCACAACUUUGAUGUUAUGAGCCCUCUGCCUUCUAUUAAAGACUUAUCAGAGACUGACUUGCGAAUUGUUAUGUGUGCCAUGUGUGGAGAUCCGUUUAGUGUGGACCUUAUUCUCUCGCCUUUUUUGGAUUCACAUUGCUGUAGUGCUGCCCAGCCUGGUCAAAGCAACACUCUGGUUCUUGAUAAGAUCAUAGGAGACAGUCGAAGGCGGAUCCAAAUUACUGUACUUUCCUAUCACUCCUCUAUUGGGAUUAGGAAGGAUGAGUUAGUCCACGGCUACAUACUUGUGUAUUCAGCAAAGCGCAAAUCCUCUAUGGCCAUGCUUCGGGCAUUCCUGGCAGAAGUUCAGGAUGUUAUUCCUGUCCAAAUGGUGGCCAUCACUGACAGCCAGGCGGACUUCUUUGAAAAUGAGGCCAUCAAGGAGCUGAUGACUGAGGGCGAGCACAUAGCCACAGAAAUCGUAGCCAAGUUUACCGCUCUAUACUCUCUGUCCCAGUACCACCGCCAAACCGAGGUUUUCACACCCUUUUUCAGCGAGGUCCUUGAAAAGAAGAACAGCAUCGAGGGGAUGUUCAUAUACGACACUACCAGAGAUUCCACCAACACCAGCGAAGACGUGUUUCUGCAGUCCCCCCACGGGAAUUCACCGGCUUGCAACUACUACCCUGACUCAGACGACGACACUGAAGCACCACCUCCAUACAGCCCCAUAAGAGAUGACGUGCUGCUGCUCCCAACUCCCAGCGAGCGCACAUCCAAAAACAGGAUGGACCUGGAAGGAAACGAGUACCCCAUCCACAGCACCCCCGUCAACACCCAUGACCACGAGCACAACCACAAAGUGCCUCCGCCUGUCAGACCAAAACCAAUUGGACCCAAAACGAACGUCAGGAAACUUGAUCCCAACCUCCUGAAGACCAUCGAGGCUGGCAUGAAGAGCACGAAGAAGCAGAUGCGGGUUCCUCUUGCGCACGCAGAGGAUGUGGAAGCUCAGGAUAACUAUGCAGAACCUGCGGAUACGCUCCUCAAAUCCAAAGGGUUCAGCGAUGACAUCUAUGCCAUCCCAGAUGACAGUCAAAACCGAAUUGUCAAGAUGCGGAACUCUUUCGGGGUCCUUCAUGGGACUCAUGCCGAUGAAGAGAAUGGGUUUGAUCGGUUGUCGAAGGGCGGGAGAAGGCCUUCCAAGUACAAGCAUAGGUCUAGUAUUCUCUUCAACAAGAUGAAAGCUUACCACCGGAGGGCUCACUCGGAUGCCAGUGAUGACGAGUCUGGUGUGGCACUGCAGCAGAAGAAGAAGAAAGGCAGGGGCCAUCGUGGCAGUGAGGAGGACCCCCUGCUCUCUCCUGUAGACCCCUGGAAGGGAGGUAUUGAUAACCCUGCCAUUACAUCUGAUCCUGAGCAAGAUGACAAGAAGCCCAGAAAGCCCAGGAAACCAAAGCCUGAUAAAAGCAAAAGGUCAAAACCAAAGUCUACCAAGCCUCUGUACCCACCUACGAGAAGAAACUGGGAGAGCAACUACUUCGGCGUUCCCCUGCAAAACCUCGUUACUCCUGAUCGGCCGAUCCCACUGUUCAUUGAAAAAUGUGUGGAUUUCAUUGAAGCCACAGGGUUGUCUACUGAAGGUUUGUAUCGUGUGAGUGGAAACAAGACGGAUCAAGAUAAUAUUCAGAAGCAGUUUGACCAAGACCACAGUGUGGACUUGAUGGCAAUGGAUGUGGCAGUAAAUGCUGUUGCGGGGGCUCUCAAAGCUUUCUUUGCUGACCUGCCUGAUCCUCUUAUUCCUUACAAUCUUCACCCAGAGCUGGUGGAAGCAGCCAAAAUAGUUGACCGUACAGAGAGGCUCAGAGUCUUAAAGGAUAUUGUGAAGAAAUUCCCAUCUGUGAACUAUGAAGUGUUUAAGUAUGUCAUAACUCACCUUAACAGAGUGAGCCAGCAAAGCAAAACCACUCUAAUGACAGCAGAUAACCUCUCCAUCUGCUUUUGGCCUACGCUAAUGAGACCCGAUUUUGAAAAUAAGGACACGCUUUCCAACACCAAACUCAACCAGUCUGUUAUAGAGUCCUUCAUUCAGCAGUGCCAGUACUUCUUUUACAAUGGAGAAAUUGUAGAAACGUCCAACCCGGAGGGGACCCCACCACCGCAGCACAACGCCUCGCACAUGGUCGAGGCCCUCGUCCCACUGCAGCUGCCGCCACCACUGCAGCCCCAGCAGAUCCAGCAUCAGCUGCAGGCAGAUCCGUUGGCCUUGUAAGGAAAUGGGAACACCUGGAUCAGCUUUCAGCUGCACGAGGAUUUUGAGCCUCCGGAAAGCCAACCUUGAUAUCGCGCAACUCGGUUUUAUCCCUAAUGGACCAUUCAGCUGCACAGUUGAUAAUAGCACCGCUUUCUAAUUUGUACUGCAGUAAUGGCUUUGCACUCAGUUCUCAAGCCUCGGUAUGGACAACAUGGGCAUGACUGGAGCUGGUGUUGUUUCCAACACAGUAGGCUGCAAAAUGUAAUCUGGCUGCUGCAUGACACUUCAGUGCUACCACCAAGCAACUCAAUGGGAACCUUCUUCACAACUCCGGCUGUUGUGGAUAAAGUAUUUAUAUAAGAAACUAAGAUUUUUUUUUUAUAUAGAAAAAAACAAAGAUCGUAAUAUUUGUGUGUAAAUCGUGAACAUGAUCACAUGCGGCCUGUUUUAAUGGCUGUAAUUGCUACUUUGUGUGGUUUUUUUUUUCGGCAAUUGGUUUUUGUUAAAAACUUCGACGUGGGCGGGAGAAUGCUCAGCUGUGGUGUGUUUCCCAACCUUCCAGCUAUUUGCACUGUUUGGGAUGGGACUUCCUGUGUUAAUGACAAUGCCAAGUGCACUGUUAGAACAUUCUCAAAUGAUCUUUGCACCUUCUGUCUGGUGACAAGAGCCUGUGGAAUCUCUGUUCUUCUGUUGUGUAUCCCACUGUCCUGUGCAGCACAAUUCUUUUGGACACUCAUUAUGAAGCAGUCUGUUUAUUUCUAUUUUUGUUUAAAUGUCUUAGUGCUUCUCACUUUCAUCAAAUAGGAAACAUUUUGUAAAGUCCGUGUUACUUAAUCUAAAUUUGCAUGUUUUCACCUUUUGUAAGCGACAAAACGUUUGAUCUUCUACACAAACACAAAAACCAUUUUUGUUAAUUUAAAGAGUUAGUUUUUCCUAACAUGGUUGCGGGGAACACAAACUGAAGUUAUUUUUUCACACUUUUUCAUAGAAGAUGUCAAGUCUUUUCAUAGCUUACUGUACUCACAUGGGUCAACUGCAUUGUCUUCAAACCAAAUCAGGGUUUUUCCAGGAUGUUACACUAUUUUGGUUCUAAUUGUACGUUACCCUAACUAGAGAAACAGAAAUACAUAUAUAAAUAUAUAUAUAAAAAUAUAUAUAAAAGAUUGCUAAUAUAGCAAUAAAUACUAUGGGGUACUGAAACUAAGCCUAUUGGCUGUAAAUGUAUAAUCUUGUAAAACUUAUAAUCAGAUUUCUUUAUGUGGUAUGAUGUACUAAAAUUGAGUUAGAUAAUUGUGUACUUAAUUCACAAUCUUAAAAAGUCAUCGCUUUUUCUUAUUUUAAAUUUGGUACCGAUUUUUUUUUUUUGCUGUAAAAUGCUGCUUAUAUAGAAAUGUUCAAGGAAAAAAAAGUUUUGUUUGAGGUAGUGUAAAACAGCUGACAUUUAAAGCCAAGUUCUAGCUGGAAUCAGAAACCAUAGUACAGAUGUAAUGCGUUUAUUUUUUUAGGCUUUGCAGAACCAUUGUUAUUCCAUAACUUUACAAAAAUGCUAAAAGAGGGGGUAAAAUUCAUUUGGUUGGGUCAAAUCUGCAGCUGCUAGAAAAAACCUUUUGUGUAAUAAGAUCUGCCUCAUUUAAGCUGGUGUACAAACUCUUAAGAUUUUAACAUCCUCUCCUAUGUAUAAUAGUAAAUAAAUGAUUUUGAGAAAGUAAUCUUAAGAGUUUGGUUUACUCAGUAUUUUUUUCCUGAAAUAAAAUCUCAUUUUUUUUCAA